CUCUCUAUAAUACUACUGAGUUAGUCUUCCAGUGUCCAAGGGAAGAAGAGCAUGGAAGACCAACCACUCUCCUGUUUCCUUGUUCUCCUUAUCAAGCUAUUCUUUCUGUGCUUAGGCUUCUUCAGCAAACCCUUCUCUGCUGCUACUUACGGAGAUGAUGGGCCUUUCUAUGAUUCGUCUGCUUACACAGAGUGCAAACCGCAGCCGGAGGGCCCACUAUACAACGGAGGUAUUCUCAAAGAUUAUACUCCCAACUACAACGCCACUGAAAUUGGACUCGAAACCACCGGAAUCUAUUCGCCGGCAUUGGUGUUGCAGAAUCUCACCCACCGCACCAAAUACUGUUUCUCCGUCUGGGUCAAGAUCAGCGGUGCAGAUUCUACACUCAUAAGGGCAACAUUAUCAACAGAACAUAAGGCAUACAACUGUAUUGGGAGUGUAGUGUCAAAGAGUGGGUGCUGGUCCUUUCUCAAAGGUGGCUUUGUCUUGGAUUCACCAUCCAAUCUAUCUAUCCUAUUUUUUCAGAAUGCAGAUGCAAGGGAGGUUGAUAUCUCAAUUGCAAGUGCCUCUUUGCAACCAUUUACUGAUCAGCAAUGGAGGAUGAACCAAGAAUACAAAAUCCACAAUGAAAGGAAACGAGCUGUAACCUUGCACGUAUCAGACGCGCAAGGGAAUAAGUUGCAAGGAGCAUCAAUCAGGGUGGAACAGAGCUCCAGAGACUUCCCCUUGGGUUCUGCAAUUGCCAAGACCAUCAUCGGAAACUUGCCUUACCAGAAUUGGUUUGUCAAGCGCUUCAAUGCUGCAGUCUUCGAAAAUGAACUCAAAUGGUACGCAACAGAACCUAAACGAGGAAAGACCAACUACACCUAUGCAGAUCAGAUGUUGGAGUUCGUUCGGGCAAACCAAAUCAUCGUCAGAGGUCACAACAUCUUCUGGGAAGACCCUAUUUACACUCCUGCAUGGGUUCGUAAUCUAACAAAGGAAGAACUAAGGUCGGCUGUUGAAUCUCGUAUACAAAGCUUAAUGAACAAAUACAGAGGGGAAUUCAUACAUUGGGAUGUCAGCAAUGAAAUGCUUCACUUUGAUUUCUAUGAACAAAGGCUUGGCCGCAAUGCCACCUUACACUUCUUUCAAAUUGCACACCAAUCAGAUCCACUAGCUACUUUGUUCAUGAAUGAUUUUAAUGUGGUGGAGACUUGUGCUGAUGUUAAUUCUACAGUAGAUGAAUACAUUUCAAGACUAAGAGAACUCCAAAGAGGAGGUGCAAGAAUGGCUGGAAUUGGCCUAGAGGGCCAUUUCACAGUACCCAACAUUCCUCUUAUGAGAGCUGUUUUGGACAAGUUGGCUACUUUAGGCCUUCCUAUUUGGCUCACAGAAAUUGACAUUAGCAAGGCCAUAGAAAAGCAAACACAGGCUAUUUAUCUUGAAGAAGUCAUGAGAGAAGGGUUUUCUCAUCAUUCUGUGACAGGAAUCAUGCUUUGGACAGCCCUUCAUUCUAAUGGGUGCUAUCAAAUGUGUCUCACAGAUAAUGAUCUCAACAAUUUACCUGUAGGUGAUGUGGUUGAUAAGCUCCUUACAGAAUGGCAAACUGGGGAGCUAGAGGGUCAGACAGAUGAACAUGGUUCAUAUAGCUUUUAUGGGUUCUUAGGAGAAUACAAAGUAUAUGCCAGAUAUGGUGAUAAAUCUGCAAAUGCAACAUUCUCAGUAAGUCGAGGAGAUGAAACUAAACAUUUUAGCAUUCAACUAUGAACUCCUGCUUCCUUUUUCAUGUUCUUCUGGAGAGAAAACUGUAAUGGAUUCAUGUAAUCUAAAUUGAGAAACAAGGCAUGUAUUGACACCCUUGAAGGUCA